AUGGAGGCUUUGCAGGUGUGGGCCAUGCUGUUUGCCGUUUGUGUGAUCCCAGGCCAGGGGAAUGUGCUGCAGCUUCGGAAAAUGAUCCGUCUUACCACGGGAAAGAACCCCAUCACCCAGUAUGGUUUCUAUGGAUGCCACUGUGGAAUCGGGGGGAAAGGUCAACCGAAAGAUGCAACGGACUGGUGCUGCCAGAUCCACGACUGCUGUUACGCUGGACUCACCUCGCAUCGCUGCUGGACCACCUGGGACCGCUACAGAUAUAGCCACACUUUCGGGGUGAUUCGUUGCGGUCCUGGGAGCUGGUGUGAGAAAAACCUCUGUGAGUGUGACAAGGCUUUGGCUCUCUGCCUGCAGCGUAACCUCCAUACUUACCAGCCAAAAUUACGCUUCUACUGGUCGCUCUCUUGCAAAGGAAGGACUAUGAAUUGCUAA